AGAACUCAUACCCAGUGUGGGAGGACUUUGGAGCCAAGGCCACAAAACUACACUCACAACUCAGGACCACAGUACUGGCGGCGGCUGCUUUCCUGGAUGCCUUUCAGAAGGUGGCGGACAUGGCAACAAACUCAAGAGUCGCAGAGGAUUUACUCCCCACCAUGCUCCACCGGCAAAACUGUCCCUGCCAGCUGAGACCCUGCUUCUGGAGCACAGAGGAGGGCUCUCCCACAGGGAUAUAGCUAAGCUGGAGUCUCAGUGUGCUACAUGCCCUGUACGGCUGCAUGUGCAUAAGAGUAUGAUCAGUAACGCUCUCACUGGAUUGGAGUGUUCCUUCUAGGGUUACCCAAAAUGUAAUUUGUGGAUCGUUAUUGCAGUAUUGUCCUUUUCAAUACCAAUCAAGAAUCCUGCAAGUGAGCCUUCUAACAGACAAUACUGUUUUGUGGUCUCAUGAGGAGAGGAUUCUCAGAGCUAAAUUUUCUGUGGUACUGGUGUGAUCAAUAAUAAUAAUAAUUUUGGGCAAAUGAACGCAGGCCAAUGAUGAAGCAUUGGCCAGGAAUUUUGGGAUCAUGUUGCUAGCAGUAAAAGUACAGCAUGCUAUUUUUGUCCAAGCAAGCAGUCCUAGUUUCUUUAUGUAACUCAGAUACCAGCCAAUCUAUGACACAGCACUUUUCCAGCAAAUACUGUGCUAUGUUUACUAAUGCAAACCCUGAACUAUUCAUGUAGGAGGGCUUUAUGGAGAUUCUGGUUUGGUGACAUCAGGUGGAUUUCAUGGUGUUAGUGUUAAUUGCGAACACUAACAACACUGGAGAAUGUUCAUAGGUCUGAUUACCUUACACUCACACUAGGAAGCGACAGACGACCACUCAUUUUCGAUGUAUGUGCACACCACGGAGCAAGCGACAAAGCAACAGUGCAGCAAGUGACAUUUGAAUCGAGAUUUCCUCAAAUCUCCAAUGAUUAUUCAGACCUUAUGAUCUUAUGGCUCAUGUGGUCCAUCAUUUCUUCAAUUCCCCAUUCAAACCUUCACGCAGAGACAGAGACAGCAAAAAAUUUUCUACUGUACUUUCUUGACCAGUCAGUAGUGUGAUCUAUUUCUGGCUCCACCCAUAUGAUUGGUGCUCUUGAUAGCUUUACCAGAAAGGUAAAAUUCAAUUUUAUCAUAUAUCAUAUGGCAGAGAAAAAAACAACCAAAUUUCGGAUAACAGAUUUUUUUUUACUGUAAUGUACUUUACCAUACUGGACUAUCCAGUGAAUUGCUAUUAGUGUAUGUCUUUCUGACAUGAUUUCCUCCUUCUAGAGUAGUUUCAUUUUAAAUGAGAAAAAACACAUCAUCUUCACAUGAAUGGUAUACAGAAUGUCAUUGAGAGUGGCUGAAGUUUCAUAAUGAAUAUAUCAUAAUCAUGUCCUUGUGCUGCUCUUACCUGACUCUGUGGAUGUGUAAAUGUGUGUAUUUUGGAUAUAUCUGGAAGUUAGCAAGACUAACUGAGACGUUCCAUGAAUAAUUUUGUUGGACUCGCUCACACUGACAUGCUGUUGCAGUGCCAGGCAUUGAUUCGCUCCUCAGCAGGCCGUGUAGAGAAACCAUGGAGACUGCAGCCUUCCACACACAGCCCCAGAGCGACUGGCAGUCUCGGCCGCACCUGCACACGUACACACAUGUCUGUGAUGGAGGGAAGGAGCCAGGGGAACAGAGAGCAAAUUAGGGUACUUAAGAGACAGAAAGAUGUGGUAAAGAAGAAAAUGACUCCAGCUUCUCUGAAUUCCAUGGAUGCAAGGGUUUGACAGGGUCAUCAUCAUUUCAGACACCUGUGAGGCAAUUUUUUAAAUCAGGGGUUUGCUCCAGUGCUAAAAUGGGUAACGUGUGUGAGCUUUCUGUCAGCAAAACGUCUCUCUCCCGGAUUAGCUGAAAUAAUACCAGCUUCUAAUUACACAAAUUGGGUUAAGUUUGGAUUAGAAUCAGAUCAGCUUUGAAAUCGUCCAUUGUGAGUGCGGUUUUGGAAAUGUCCUGGUUGUUAGAGCUCUCGUUUACACUGCUGAAUCCCUUCUACUUACGGACAGACAUAUAAAACAGAUGUCCCAAAUCCUCCUCUCCAAAAUGCAGACACUUGAGCUUUAUAAUGUUACAGUAGCGCCUGUCCUCUGUAUUAUGGCUUUUCCAUAUGCUUUCAUAAGCUGACACAGGCAAAAAUACCCGAAGUGGCAGAACAUGAGCAACCACGUGAGUAGUCCCUCCAGAGUGCCCCUUUACCCCCCUCCCCCCACUGCAACUUGGCUGAAUGGCUUACUCAGGCGUGGGCAGGUGCUGGAUGGAGCAGGCAGCACGCUGAAUGGAGCAUCUCAGGUUCGGGAAAAGCUGUGGGAGUUGCAUGCGUCCGGUCAGGGCAGAAGGCCAGGGGACUGCUUGAUGCAGGAAGACUCUGAGUUCUUUCAGGAUGGAGCUGUCAGCUGAUCCCUUGAGGGAGGGGAAGGGAAAGGGAAGCUGGCAGGUGCUACCAGGGACAUUGGUUCUGCUCUGACCCGAAUGUGCAUGCGCCACCGCAGCAUUGAGGCCAAACUGCGACACUUUACCAAUGCUCUUAUGGAAAAACUGGUCACACCACUCCAAGACAAGAUAGAGGAGUGGAAGAAGACAGCUGCUCUUCUAGAUAAAGAUCAUGCCAAAGAAUACAAACGGUCUCGACAGGAAAUCAAGAAGAAGUCCUCUGAUACUCUGAAGCUACAGAAAAAGGCCAGGAAAGGUCGAGGAGGGCUGCAGCCUCAGUUGGACAGUGCUAUGCAGGAUGUGAGUGACAUGUACUUGCUGAUGGAGGAGACGGAGAAGCAAGCCGUGCGCCGAGCCCUCCUCGAAGAGAGGGGCCGCUACUGCACCUUCAUUAGCUUCUUGCAGCCUGUAGUGAAUGGAGAGAUUUCUAUGCUGGGAGAGGUAACUCAUCUCCAGGCCAUUAUGGAUGAUCUAUCUGUGCUGACCACUGAUCCACAUAAACUACCAGAGGCCAGUGAACAGGUUAUCCUGGACUUGAAGGGUUCUGACUACAGCUGGUCCUACCAGACUCCCCCUUCUUCCCCCAGCAGUACAGGCUCCAGGAAGAGCAGCCUGUGCAGUUUGGUGCAUCUACCACCAGGUGGCGCUCAUCGCCUGAGCAGUGUCUCCUCUCAUGAUUCUGGAUUCAUCUCUCAUGAUGCCAACAUGCACUCCAAACCUCCUUCUCCCAUGCCAUCAGACAUUACCAGCCAGAAGUCAUCCAGCUCUGCAUCCUCUGAAGCAUCGGAGACAUGUCAGUCUGUAAGCGAGUGUGGCUCUCCCAUAGCAUUUGGCUCGUCCUUCGCUACUUUCCACCUUGCUCACACUUACAAUGGCUCCAUCAGACCUCUCCCUUUUAUAUCCUAUAAUCAUUCCCCUGGAUCACACUCCCCCUCACCCACAACCAAAGUUCAUCACUGGAAGCAGCAGGACUGGUCUAAAAUACCUCACUAUGAGCAGCAGGGGGUGGCACUGCAGCGCAGGAGUGAGGCUGUGGAGUCCCCUACUGGAGCGAGAGGGUCUCUGCACCCCGAGGACCCUUACAGGACUAGAGUGAAUCCUACAAACAUCAGUGCCAGGCACGGGAAACCGAUGAUGUCUGCAGCCAGUGAGCUUGCCAUGGUUCUGACACGUGGUCUGAGUAUGGAGCAGCAGAAGAGCAGCUGUGACUCCCUGCAGUAUUCGAGCGGAUACAGCACACAGAACACCACUCCGUCCUGCUCCGAGGAUACCAUCCCCUCACAUGGUUCCGACUAUGACAGCUACUCAAUGAAUGGAGAUGUCGAAUGUGAUGCUCAGUCAGACUUUGACAAAUCUUCUACUGUCCCUCGGAACAGCAAUCUGGCCCAGAAUUACCGUCGAAUGAUCCAGACCAAGAGACCUGCAAGUACCGCAGGGCUUCCUGGAGGUGUGGGUGCCCAUGGUGCACCUGGAUCCAAUGGCAAAGGAGGAGGAGGAGGAGCUGUCAUAUCUUCUGGUACAGCCACCAUUCGUCGGACACCAUCCUCCAAAACUGGCGUGAGACGCACCCCGUCUAACGUGGGUCCGAUUGCCAUCCGUCCUCCCAUCGUCCCAGUGAAGACACCAACUGUGCCAGACUCGCCUGGCUUCCCCAGCCCUCCCCCAGAGCACAAUGGCAGUGAGGAAAGCUUGUACAAUGAGGAACCUCUGGAGAACUUGGAGAUCAAAGCUUCACCAAAGCGGAUGAGCCUGCCUAACCCAGUGGCUUGGGGCACAGGCACUGGGAUGCGCGUUCAUGCCCAGCAGCCUGGAGCUACACUUCUCAGCACAGAGGAGGACCAGCUUCUGGCUGCCAACCGCCACAGCCUGGUGGAGAAGAUUGGUGAGCUGGUGGCUAGUGCCCAUGCUCUUGGAGAUGGCCAGUUCCCAUUUCCUGCAGACACCCAGGCCGGUCUAGGAUGCCAGCAGGACCCAGGACCCCUCUCAGAAGGUGAGGACAUUUUGAAGUCCAUCCGUAGAGGAGUGCGUCUCAGGAAAACCGUCUGUAAUGACAGGUCAGCACCCAGGAUCAUGCGAUAGCUUCACUGAGAUCUCAGUGAAGAUUCUGCACAAAGAAGAAUGCUUGUGUGUAUAUUAAAUUGCUAAAAAGAAUUGUGCAUAUUAAACUACAAACAACUGGUGUCCAACAAAGGCAGGCCAGUGUGAUGUGAUGUGUAAAUGGACACAAUUUCUGUUCGGACUAUGAAGUUGGUAGGAAUAUUACCAUCUAUUGGAAACUAUAAUGAACUUACAACUUAAGAGAUGAGAAAAUGUUUAAAGUACAUAUUAACAUUCUAGUUAUGUCCGGUAUCCCUUCAGAGUUUUGAUUUGUAAUUACUAUGUUAGUCAUAUGUUAUUCAGCUGUAACUGACGUAAAGUGAGUUUGAUUAAUUUACUUUCUCCUUAGGUAAUGGCUUUGUUAAAAAAAAAAACCCAAAGUGUCUUCAUGUUGAUCUAAAAGCUGUUGUGUUGAAAAGCACCAACGUAGCCUACUCACACUCAGAGGGACCACAUGAACAAAGUAUUGUAUAUACUGUAAACUGCCAAAUAAAACACCCCAAGUGUACCACA